AUGGAUCUCUUCGCCUUCGCCUGUGACAACUUCGGUCUGAUCAUUAUCACUGAGAAGACGGUGGCUUUGCAUCAACCGCUAACCGACGCUACCUUCCUCACACCCCAAAUCAAUGUGAAUGGCGCCCAACUGCAAGUCAUGGACAACUUUACCUACCUGGGCAGCAGCCUCUCCCGCACAAUGACGAUCGACGAUGAAGUGACCUGCCGAUAUCCAAAGCCAGCCAAGCCUUUUCUGGCCUUUAAAAUAGUCUGGAAUGGCCACCGUCUCCAUCUCAACACCGAACUGAAGAUCUGCAAGGCCGUCAUUCUACCGACGUUGCUAUAUGGAGCGGAGCCUUGGAUGACGCACAAGAAGCAGGCGCGAAGACUCAGCUGCCUUUGA